AAGCAGGACGAUCGCCCGGUUCUCCCAGCAGUCGUCAUAGCGAACCAGCCGACCGGCCAUCUAGCUUCACCGAACAGGAUCUCCCUGAAGGACCGUCGAGCUGACCAUCGGAACGUACAGUGAAUGAAGGAAAAAUGGCUGAUGACAGUUGACAAUCUUCUAUCUGAGUAAGUUUCAUGCUCGCCUCUUAUCUCAAGACCAUCGUAAGACAGAGCGCUGUUCCGGGUCAGAGUUCAUACACUUCUUUUUACUUUAGUCUGGGAUAACAGAGACGAUAGAGAGGAUAGAAUAAACAAAUAGCAAUAUAUCUUUAAACACAACUACGUACACUGUAAGACCCGCGUAGAAUGCAUGUACAUGAAGCAUUACCAAAGAUUAACUUCACAUUAGUAGAAGUUCUAGAACUUAACGAACUCUACGGUUCUCCUAUGGUUACGAUUUAGUUCAUAGAUUAACGAAAAACUAAUUCGUGAGGUAGCAUUUUAAGAUGAGAUAAAUAGUAUCUGUACAGCCAGUGGAACUGGAUUGGGGCACACCCCAACAUUGGACAACGUGUAGGAAACGAUUGCGAAUAACACUUCCAAUGCUAAGAAACUCAGUACGCAACAAAGGAGAGUGGUUAAAUCUGUAUUUACGCUAAGUGUGUUAAUCGAUUUUUCUAUUUCACUCUGCUUCUAACAACACUUUUCUACCAAACCACAAAGAUGCAAAUGCACUCCUGUUGGUAAAAUCGUUACACUUCUUGCAUAUCAGUUUGUGAUUUAUCUUAUCAGUAGUACCCAGAUGGAUCAACUCCACCAUGGAGCAGUGAUCGUACAAACAGAUGCUUUCGUAUAUAAAUAUAUAUUUUUUUAAUUGCAGUUAUGCAUUUAGUGUGUAAGUAGAGUUUUUGGAAUUUGUGUGAGAAGAGAUAGAACGAAUAUAUUGGUAUGAAGGAUUAAGGACGUUUAAGUCGUCCGACGUUGGAGGAAUAUGGUAAAGGAGCAUAUAGAAAGGUUUUUUUUCUACCUUUUAAAAUGAACGUUAUGAUAAUCACAAAACAGAAAAGAGAUGCAUUUAUACAAAGAAAGCUAGUUUAUUUUCUUUUCUAAAUAUUCUCCAAUAGCAUUGAGUUAUAUGUUACCUCACACGACUAUCUCUACAUUGUACUGUGAAAUAUGUAAGACGGAAAGAUCCGAUCGGGAACGGUUGGGAAAUGAUGCCUAAAUCAUCAAUCGAAUUUACUAGUAGCCACUACUAAAGCUAGCUGAAAUGGUUAAACCCCAUUAUAGUCACUAUUUUUCGUCCGUCAGUUCCAUUACUGUGCACACCUUUACGAUAACACUGUCCGAUGAUGCUAAUAUUGCAAUCUGCAAAUCGCUGUAUGAUGUGUACUAUACGCUCAUAGUAGAGAAAGAUAUGGGUAAGAUUGGCUACCUGUAAAAGGGGGAGCAUUCGCGUAGGUAAAGUGCAUAUUCUAAUUGUUUGUACAAAUUAGCAAACCAAAAACCUUGAUAUUUAAAUCAAUUAAACAUGAACGAGUACAUGCCAUACUGUUCCUGACUUCACUAUCGGUGAAGGUUUUUUUCCUAGUGGAUAGGAGUGUUUGUGUUUUCGUUUCCAUUCCCCUCACGUUUCUUAAAUGGUGUUAUCCAAUAAAGCUAUGCAUGCCACAUCGGUGGUAGAACGUUUGAGCGAAUGUACAGUGUGCAAUGCUUCUCAGUCGCAGUAAUAUAACAUUAAAGGGUCAUCGCCCAGUUAGUGCGUAAUGAAUAUUGUUGAUAGGAUAGAAUGUAGUUUUGAGGAGAAGAAGAAAAAGCAGCAACAUAAAAAAAAACUCCACAAGGAAUAUUGGUCUUCGAAGGUUCGGAACGUCUUAAUAUUAGGAAACCCGAUUGACAGCGGCUGCUGGCAACCUUGGAACUAAAAAAUACCAAUUCCUUACAUUGUAUACAAACAAACAAAAACGAAGCUCAGUCAGAUUACGGCUGUUUAAUGAAAAAUUAAUUUAAUUUACCCUAUUGCAAACCCAUCCGGCCUGUGAUGCCGAUGGUGCAUAGCGGUUAGUGAACGGUAAUUGUAACACGAGAGUAAGUUAAUACGCUUAAAACGUAGAUAUUAAAGUGGGCUAGCGAUCACACGUAUGUCAAAUUUAGUAGUUAAGAAAUAUUUAAAAAAAACAUCGCAUGCUCACGACAACAUCGGUCGAUAACUAUCCAGUUGGGUAUGAGCAAUACAUCUCCAAAUCGCAGCUUCCAACCUAAUGUUAGGUACGAUAGAAUGAUGAGAAGCCAUUUAAAAGGGUUCAGAAACGUAUGGAAAAAACCGGAACAGAAAGUUGAAGAUGGUAAAUGUACAUACAGUUAAAGAACACAUGAAUGGAUGCAUGUAAACAUCCGCCAUAUUUAUUAACCACGUUACUCACGUUAUUAAACAAGCAAAUCACAAACAACCCCACAAUAUAAAUAAUAAUCACGAACAGUAAAAUUAAAGAAAAUGACAUUCCAUUGCAAUAAGAGUAAAGAUUGGAAGGCAUAAGUAGCGAGAGAAAGAAGGAAAAAAAAAACAAAACAAAAAGAAAUAAAGUAUAACGUUGAAAUAAAUAUAAGAACAGAAAACAAAAGAACAAAAAAACGAAUAAAUAGGAUAACAGUACAUUAAAACUUCGUGUACCACACCAACACUACACGAAACGAAUGCAAAAAAAACAAUAAAUUUUCUUAAGGUCUUAGAGGUUACAGUUGUUAAAAAAAACGAAAACCAUUUGUCAGCAUUACAUACUGGCAGCGUGGUAUUCCGAUCUCGGCGAAAUCAGACCAGAUGUCACCAAAAAAGAAUACAUUCACGAAACAGCUUAGGUCACACCGAGACAGAUUGUUGUUGAUUUAGUUCUAACUAACAUAAUAAAACACAGUGAGCAAACAUAGAUGAUAUAAAGAGAAGAGUAAAAGGUAAAGAAAAGAUUUAUCUCCCCAGAUCGAGUUUAGUUCGACCAUUGCGUUGUCGAUGUUGGGUUUUGUUUGAGUUUCACUAAUUACGCUUUUGUCACAGUCUCGAUCGUUACCUGGUGAUACGAGUUGACAAAGCGAUUAAGAGUUAUACACCAAAAAAAAAAACAAUACAAACAAAUCUUAUAAAAAUGCAAAUCGAGAUGUUGUGUCUGUACAUAGAAUGGAAUAUGGAAAGUGUUACGAGAGAAACUUCACGUUUAAUGCUUAUUACAUUAUGCGGGCCAGCUAUAAAAAGACAACACGAACGAGAACUUUGCGCACAUUGUCUUGCGAGCUUUUUAAUGGUAGAGACCACAACAACUAUUGACGCUUAUUUUAUUCCAUAAGUAGUGUACUGUGUAUUGAACGCCAUUCGUUGAUACUUGUUUCUAGAAUCGUUUACCGCUGGCUUCGAGGUUUCAUUUGCGCUUAGCCAUACGGAUUAUGGGUCACAGUCUUCGCUGGUCUCAGAGACCGAACCAAAACAAAAUCGCUUAACAAUUCGGCUAUCAAACCGAAUCCCUGCGUCACCAUAACUAGAGCAACGAAGCAAUAAAUGACAAUAGCCACCAGCGUGUGUACGCCAACGGGCCAUCACAGAGAACUCAAGAUCGCCCAAAUGCAAAACUUACCCCUUUUAAUGCCCUUCUCAAUCGGCCACUAGCCGCCCAAAUAGCUUUGAUAGGUGAUUAUCUACUUCUUGUCGCGCGUCCGAUCAAAUUAACCAAUCAAAACUGAUCGUGACUUGCUGGGAACGCAUCACUUACCCCCGAUUGUGUGUAAUCUUCUUCAGUAGUAGCACUACCAGCUGGACCGGGCGAGAGAAUGUCGUUUCUUCAACGGGGGUAGGUUGAUUGCCUUCAAUUGGAAGUUUUUUUCUCUUCCUCCGAUAUCUGUUGGUGAAAGGUAUAUGUGGAUAGUCUUCGAAUCGUGUAUGUGCGAUCAUCUUUUAAGGCAUACGCGGUAAGAUACUCCUGGCCGCGCUAAGUAUGUCGCGAUCGCGUCGCUGCCUACGCUAUAUAUUGCGAAAGUUCACCACCAAUUGCGAGAUUGUUGUUGAUGUUAUCUUAAGUUACGCCAAGCGAGAGUACGUUCUGCUGAGACGUUUCUUUUCCAAAAAAGGCCUAACCGUUGGACGUAGCUAAAAGCUUAAGCUUUGUUUAGUUUAAGUUGUUAUUGGUUUUUAACCGGUGAGAACGAAAUGUAACGUUUUGCACUUCUUCACCUCUUUCAAACAUAAGUUUUAAUAUCAUGAUAUUAAAUUAACCAAAGGAAUAUUUUUUUUGUUAAAAUAAGUAAAAGACAAUAUUAAGUAAAUAAAAGAAACAAAUUGAAAAAUAAAGAAAUCAACACAAACACUAGUGCGAUGUAGCAUUACAUCGAGAGGUUGUAAAAGUAAUUCGUUAACAUUAAACUUCUAAUGUGUAACCAGUCUUAAAGAAAAAAACUUUUCAUUCUAAAACACUUUAUCAUAAAAUUACAUUGCAAUACAAAAUGUAAAUACAAGUACACAAAAGUUUUGUUUUUAAUAGUGCAACAAUUUAAGCACAAAAAACAAAUUGUCAAUUAAUUGUUCUUCUUAAUUGCUUCUGUUAACCACACCUUUUCUCAAACUUCAUUUUUUGGGAAGCAGAAAAGCUCUAAUAAAAGAGACACUUGUAAAGUAUAAAUUCUUCGAUGUAAGUUGAAGCAGUUUUAGUGUCUCUCACAAAAUUGGCUAAACAAAAGCGCAACUAUUGUUUUUUUUAUUUGCGCCAACAAAUACGCUUCGAAUAGUAAAGUAACACAAAUGCAUAAACAUAACAUGCCAUUUACCCGAAUGUUGGUAAAAAACCUCGUUAGCUGCAUUGAUAACUGCGCUGUAUUAGUGGUUAAGCGAAUUUAUCGUGAUAGUGUAAAGCGUGUUUGCAGCCAUAUAGCUAAGUGUUGCACACGUUGAAAGCCAUAUUGAAAUGGUUAGAAUUGUAGGACAGACACAGAAUACCCCUGUUAAUGGGGUGUGUUUGAUUUGUGUUUUUGGUCCCUCCCCCCCUUCGCUUGUUAUGUAGUUUUACACAUUUUUGCAAGAAUUUACACGCGUAUAUGUGUACCCAGUGACAGAUUUUGCGUGAAAGUAACAUAUAGAAUUAGAUAAGGUCGUUUGUAAGACACAGUUAAGUUAAAUUCAAUUGCCCAUAGCAAUUCAACGUUCUUCCGAUCUCUUUGGCUGAUGUAAAUUGCUAUGAAAGGAAAUAUUUAAAAAACGAAACAUUUUAUUUCUCUAAUUAAUCUAUUAAUUGCAACGACUCAAUAAGUGCGAAGGUAUGCUUUCCUGUUCUGAAUAUCGAGCAUGUAUUGCUAGGAAUGCAGGCCAAUGUAAAAACACAAACAAUAAACAACAGAGUAAUAAUAUGUAAAACACUUUGAACAAUCUUCUGCUUAUACCCCUUAAAACCCUCCCUUCCUUCAAGAAAAAAUCAGAAAGCGAAAAAUAAUAACACUGAGUGCAAGCAUUUUUUAAAAGAUUAAAAAAACUCCUUUUCAUGUUCGUUAACUACACACAGUACAGUGCAACAUAAUAAAUUCACCGAAAUGGCAUGCAACUACACUUCAAAAGAGUCUAAAACAAAACAACAGCAAACGGCAUAAAACAAUAAGCUACAAAGAGCAUUACAACACACAUUAAAUAGAAACCAAUUUAGCAAUGUAGUAACAUUUAUGAACAAAACAGCAACAGCAACAACAACAAACACAUAAGAGGGUAAGGUAAAUUAAAGCUGAAAGCCACUGGAAGCGAACAUUGUAGAAAGUUAGCUAGAAUUUUGUUAAAUUAUAUAACUAUAAGCCGAGUUAGUGUAGCAAACAAACAAAAGAAAAAGAAAACGAAACAAAUAUAUAAAAAAACAUCCCCUUCAUGUAAUAGAACAACAGAAGUAAUGAUGAUGAAAAAAAUAAACAAAAGAAAAAUAUAAAAAAGAGAUCUGGCUGCGUCGUAAAAAGAAACGCAAACGCAGCUAAAGAAGAAAAAAAUCAUACACAGACACACACAAAACGAAUAACAAAUGAAACGAAGACAAAUUAUUGAAAUUUAUAGAAAACAGAUUUGAAAGGUUGUGUAAUUAUUUAGAAGAUACCAAAAACUAUAUAUAUACUUAUACAUAUACAUAUACAAAUUAUGCAAAUUUGCGACAAAAACAAAACAGAAUGGAACACGAACACGGAACAGAACAACAAAGGGAAAUAUUAACACUAUGGGUGAAAGAAUAAAAUCUUAACAGCAUCUGCCGGUAGGUGUGUGGGAGUGGAGGAGGAGGAGGGAAAAAAGUUUGUAAACAGUAUGAGAAUAUAAAAAGUAAAGAAAAAAAAAGCGCGCUCAACGAUAAUGGGAAAACGUGUCGUGGAGAUGGUUAAUAGAAAGAGGCUAAAAUUAUCAACAAAACAAAAACAACAAAAAAGAAAAACCAAUGUACAUAGAACAAACCCAAAACCAAGAGUAAUAAAACCUGAAACAUUAAAAGAUAUAAUGAAACAAUGCAA